GAGCCAGUCCUUUCAGAAGAAAAAAAAACACAAGAACUUCAAAAAAAAAAAUUUUCUUUUUAGUUCUAUGUAGCUCCCUUUGUUUAGUUGUGAAAGGCCUUUUGAGGAUAUACUAGCAGAAAAGCAGACAUCUCGGCGAUGGCGGCAGACUGCUUCUGCGCAUGCUCAUAAGAUUUCCCGCCUUACCGUUCUGAUUGGUAGACCGUUGUGAAUCUUAAAGAGUGAUUGGUCAGCAGCUGAAAACCCGGUAGUACAAAGAAGUUCAUACGGUUUUUUCAUCCUUGCAGGAGCCACGCAGCUGUACUUUGCAUAUAAACAAGCUACAGUUGAACAGACUUGGAAUAAAAACCAGUACAGCCGUCUGUCUUCGAAAGAACACAAACUGUUAUUAUGGAGAAGCCUCUCCUUCCCAGAGAGUCUGGGCAGUUUGUGGCCGAGCGAAGCCGAGACGUGUUAAUCAGGGACACGGGAGUCCAGAAGGUAGCAGAGAUGCUCUACAAUCUCAGACGCAGUGACGCCCUGACUGCCAGUGGCUGGAAGGUGGCCAAUCCCCUGGCUCCAGCAUCCACCUCUGAUCAGGCGUCAAACUGGGUGUUUGUGGUGAAUACCAUGAACUUCUCCUUUUGGCCUGACAACGAAGCUCAGCAGUGUAAGGUGACCUAUAAAGGCACCACUUACACAGGCUACAUGACUCUGUGUGCUGCCAUCACCAGAGCCAUGGAGGAAGGUGUACCCAUCACUGAUCCCAAGUACUUUUCCCAGAUGAGUGUGGAGGAGUUGGGAAAAGUUCUCCGAUCAGACAAUGAGACAGCCAUGCCGAUGCUUCAGGAACGCCACCAGGUCCUGACUGAGGGUGGGCGCGUGCUGCUGGAGCACGGAGGAAGUUUCCGUAGUUUUAUCAGCCAAGCAGGAAACGAUGCUCAGAAGAUGGUGGAGCUGAUCGUGGAGAAAAUCCCGUCUUACAGGGAUGAAGCUACAUAUGAGGGCAAAAAAAUCUCUUUCAACAAGCGAGCCCAGAUCCUGGUGGCAGAUUUCUGGGCAGUGAUGGAGACCAGAGGAGAAGGGUACAUCAUCAACAUGGACUGUCUCACCAUGUUUGCAGACUACAGGGUUCCUCAGGCGCUUGUCUAUUUAGGAGUGUUGCAAUACUCUGAUGCACUGAUGGAGGCACUAAAGAACGGUGAGCUGCUGCCUUCAGGGGAUCGAAGAGAAGUCGAGAUCCGAGGAUGUUCCAUUUGGUCCGUGGAGCUGAUCAAGGAAAGACUGCAUAAGAUGGUACAGGAGACGGACGGAAACGUCUGUAACAUCAAUUCUGCUACCAUUGACUUCUACCUUUGGCCCUUCGCUAAGCAGCACCACAAAGAGAUGGCCCACAUUCCCAUUCACCAUACACGCUGUAUUUACUACUGACAAACAGACUGCAAGCUGAACAUACAGAAUGUUUCCUGCUUACUGAUGGCUUUCCUUGCGAAGAAACCAAACAGGGUAGUAAUUCUAUGAAACAGUUGUCAGUGUGCAGUUAAUGGCAAUGCUUGCACAACAAAUCUGUUGUAUUAACCAUCCUGUUUUAGCUAAGCAAGUGAUUACAUUAUGCUAUUACAUCAUGCAUGUUUUGUAAUGUCUAGUUAGUAUGGAGUUGAAUUUGUGACCUUUAACAUCCAGAUGGCAAAAAAUUAUGUUUUUUUGUUUUUUGUCUAGUCCUUUUUUGCUACCGUUCAAAAUCAUGUGACUGUGCUUCAUGUUAAACUGUCCAAAGCUG